AUGAAACACUUACGUGGACGGUUAGACCUGUUAUGGCUGCUUGUUCAAACAGCUAAUUCGAUUCUGCCGUUGUCGAGCGCAAACGACUGUAGAACAGAUCAACUUAGUAGCGCCACCUAUAAUCGCCAUGAAAUCUUUAUAAACGGGACGUUUAUCUUUGCCGGUUUGUUUCCCAUACACUACGCUCCUCAAAAUAAUUCCUCCUCGCAGCUUUGCCAAGGCAAGUUUAACAUUCGAGGCUUUGAAGAAGCCCUGGCAAUGGUUUACGCCUUGCAACAGAUCAACAAAAGCUUGAAAAUUCUUCCUGGUAUCACCAUUGGAGCAGACAUCGAAGAUACAUGCAGCACUGUCGAUUUUGCUAUACGAAAAUGCCUGAACUUUAGUUUUGUCAAAAGAAACAUGGAAAAUGGUAUGUGCGAACGUGUAAAGAGCGUUGAAUCGUCCGACCCUAAAACUGUAGCAAUUAUUGGUGUUGGAUCUAGUGAUAUAGCUAUGGCGGUCACUAACUUUGCUGGCUUGUUUUACGUUCCGGUUGUUGGUUACUCUUCGUCGAGCAGACUUCUUAGCAAUCGGAAUCGUUUUAAAUAUUUUCUGCGCACAAUUUCAUCUGACAGCCUCAUGGCAAGAGCGGUUGUAGAUCUGUUGCGCAUGUUGAAAUGGAAUUUCGUUCAUGUUCUAUAUUCCGACACGGAUUACGGAAGAUCAGCUGUCGAAACAUUCGAACAUGUUCUUGGGUCUUCAUCGGGUGCGAAUAUUUGCACCGUAAUUUUUAGGGAGUUAUUAUAACCCCAAAAAUGGAGUAAAAAUUUUAGGUACAGGAUAACCCCUUUUUUGGGGUUAUUUUAACUCCUAAUUUAACUCCGAAUUUGGGGUCAUUUUUACUCCUGAAAAAGAGUUCUUUUUACUCCCAGUCUUGGAGUUAAAAUUACUCCGAAAUGGGGUUACUUGUACUCCUUACAGGGGUUGUUUUUACUCUUUUUGGAGUUAAUUUAACUCUGAAAGUGGAGUAAAAAUUUUAGGUACAGGAUAACUCUUUUUGGGGGGUUAUUUUAACUCCUCAAUAUCUGGGGUCACUUUUACUCCUGAAAAAAGAGUUCUUUAAACUCCUUUUGGAGUUAAAAUAACUCCACGAAAAAUAACUCCACUGUAAGGAGUUAAAUUAGCCCCACUAGAGGAGUUAUUAUAACUCCCUGAAAAUUACAGUGUAUAGUUUUCACUAAGUCUCUAAUUGCCCCCAAUACAACAAAAACAAUCCAAAUCAGUAUUUUAUUUCAUCUGAAAAAUACUGUACAGUGAAACAUGCACGUGUCACUCAUUAUUAUGUCAGGUUAGUAACACAGAGGAGAGGCACAGAUAAGAACCAGAAUUCUUCAGGCUAAGAUUUUGAAAGAACCAGAUGAAGUAGAAAUGUUAAAACAGAUCGCUAUGGAGUUCUUAAAGUCCACUAAUCAUUCUAAUGGCAAAAAAGUUUCUAUUGGCUUAAAUUGCAGUCAUUUAGACAUAACAACAUGCACAUUUUGUACAAACAUUUAAAACCACCAACAUUCUUCCAAAAAGUCUUUUUUUCCUUAAGAAAAUAAGAACCUCGAAUGUUUGAGAACCUAAACAGCUUAAUUUCCAAGAAACAGAAAAUUUAUAAGAGCCUUUUGAGGCUAACUUCGAAAAGCACCUAUUACUUAGUCCUUACUGUAUACUACUAAAUGUAAGAGGCGGGGGAGGGGGAGGAAGAGUUAGGGUUAGGGUUAGGGUUAAGGUUAAGGUUGGGGUUAGGGUUGGGUUAGGGUUAGGACUAGGGAUAGGUUAGGGUUAGAAAUCAGAUUAGGUUGGGGGUUAGGGUUAGGAAUAGGUUAGGGUUAGGUUGGAGGGUUAGGGUUAGACGAGCAGUCUCAACUGAUUUCAAUGGUCAUAACAAAUGAGUUGAUCCACUGAGUUAAACAUUCGCCUUGUCAGGAAAAGGGUGUUACGUUAAGCUGGUUAGGGUGGAUAGCUAAAGUUGAGCCAAGGCUUAGGGUUAAAUAAGGAUAAAGGUUACAAACAAGAAGUACGGUUUGUUGAGGGUUAACGUUUGAGGGACUUCUGGGCAGGAUACCAAAUAACGUUGCGUUACAUAUCAAUUACAUCGCCGUACUGAGCGUAGGAUUGAAUUUCAAAAGACGGGUCAGGAGGUGAGAAAUACAGAGAUGUAGUUUCAAUACAGGCGAUUUUCGAAGACUAAACACUGGUCAAGCAAAUAGUUUUAAAUUAACGUUAUCUUACAAGACGUUUCGCUUCGCUUUCUUCGUGUUUGACCACAGCAGAGCACAGAUAAUAUAAACAUUUCAGAGAGUAAAUAUUCCAGCUCCGAGGGGGCGAGUAAAACCAACGGCCACAUCUGAAAGAAAAGGACAAAAGGAAAACCUUGUUUAAAGAAAAUUCCUCAACACGUGUUUAAAAAGUAAUAUAUCUCUUCUACAUCAUUUUCCCUAGAUCAGUUUCAUCCCGCAAUGGUUUUAUAAUCGCCCGUACCGGUGCAUAAAGCAUAUUAAAAACAUUGUACCGAACAUUCCGGACAAUCAAUCAUAAACGGCGCUCGUCGUCGCGACGGUGCUAUAGCGCGGGAACUUUAACAUGCUUUGACGAAAAAUAGUUACUCUUCCGCGAUCCGAUCAGCAUUUAGCUUGCAAUGCCAACAAUAAAUUGAAAAUGAACGACAAUUCAGCCUGUGCAGUAGGACGGCGGCUCUUUCUGGACACAGUAAAUUUCCAGAGUCGCUCGACACAUGACCAAAAAUCAACCUUCGCUAUAAGAAACCACAGACUUUGAUUUCAACUACACUUUCACGACUUUGUAACAUAACCUUUCCUGGCAAAAAGCCUGCUACUCACCGUUGUUGCUCGCUUAUUCAAAGAUCAGCACCUCCGUCGUUGAAACUGAAACACAACAACAGAACAGUCUCACUGUAAUGGUCAAAUAUUAAACAUGUUUUUAACCUUUCUCGCAGUGCAUUCUGGGAAAUCCGUCUUCAACUCGUGCGGGACACAUUACAUCCUGGCAAUAACAACACAAUUUAUAAGUCUCCAGCGAGGCAAAAAUCACAGCCAAAAACUUCGUUGGCCCUCUUCUCUUAUGUCCAAACUAACCAAUUUGCCCCUUAUUGCCUGCUGGAGACUUCUUCACGGUGUGCAGAGCUGGGCAGAGACGUUAUACACCAUCCACCGGAUGGUCUCUCGGAUUGUGCCCGGAACUCGGUUCUUUGAGCAACGAGCGCCCAUUUAAGCCUUCCCGGACUUAACGAUGUCCCAGGCACUUUGCAAACCGUGGAAAUAGAAUUUCUUGCCAAACUCGGCUCAUAUUAGUCCCCGUUUCGCACACGCUCCGAUCAAAACCUCUCCACUCACCAAGAGAGCCGUUGAAAGGAGAAAGACACCGCGCAAACUCGAACCUUUCAAAACUAGAACCGGUUCCCCUCGGACAAAAAAAAAAAAAAACCGGAAGUCCUUUCUAACGCGAGUGAGAAGAAAACAAGAAAUAAAAUAAAUAAUAAACUUACUUCUGUUGACUUCCACGCUGCUCCUCCCUGGUUUUCUUUAAUGAAAAAUAUCUAUGAUAAAAAAUGACAUUUCAUAAAAUUAAUUUACAUAUAUAAUAUACACCGUAAUUUUUAGGGAGUUAUUAUAACCCCAAAAAUGGAGUAAAAAUUUUAGGUACAGGAUAACCCUUUUUUGGGGUUAUUUUAACUCUAAUUUAACUCCGAAUUUGGGGUCAUUUUUACUCCUGAAAAAGAGUUCUUUUACUCCCAGUCUUGGAGUUAAAAUUACUCCGAAAUGGGGUUACUUGUACUCCUUACAGGGGUUGUUUUACUCUCUUUUUGGAGUUAAUUUAACUCUGAAAGUGGAGUAAAAAUUUUAGGUACAGGAUAACUCUUUUUGGGGGGUUAUUUUAACUCCUCAAUAUCUGGGGUCACUUUUACUCCUGAAAAAGAGUUCUUUAAACUCCUUUUUGGAGUUAAAAUAACUCCACGAAAAAUAACUCCACUGUAAGGAGUUAAAUUAGCCCCACUAGAGGAGUUAUUAUAACUCCCUGAAAAUUACAGUGUAUAGUUUUCACUAAGUCUCUAAUUGCCCCCAAUACAACAAAAACAAUCCAAAUCAGUAUUUUAUUUCAUCUGAAAAAUACUGUACAGUGAAACAUGCACGUGUCACUCAUUAUUAUGUCAGGUUAGUAACACAGAGGAGAGGCACAGAUAAGAACCAGAAUUCUUCAGGCUAAGAUUUUGAAAGAACCAGAUGAAGUAGAAAUGUUAAAACAGAUCGCUAUGGAGUUCUUAAAGUCCACUAAUCAUUCUAAUGGCAAAAAAAGUUUCUAUUGGCUUAAAUUGCAGUCAUUUAGACAUAACAACAUGCACAUUUUGUACAAACAUUUAAAACCACCAACAUUCUUCCAAAAAGUCUUUUUUCCUUAAGAAAAUAAGAACCUCGAAUGUUUGAGAACCUAAACAGCUUAAUUUCCAAGAAACAGAAAAUUUAUAAGAGCCUUUUGAGGCUAACUUCGAAAAGCACCUAUUACUUAGUCCUUACUGUAUACUACUAAAUGUAAGAGGAGGGGGGGAGGGGGAGGAAGAGUUAGGGUUAGGGUUAGGGUUAAGGUUAAGGUUGGGGUUAGGGUUGGGUUAGGGUUAGGACUAGGGAUAGGUUAGGGUUAGAAAUCAGAUUAGGUUGGGGGUUAGGGUUAGGAAUAGGUUAGGGUUAGGUUGGAGGGUUAGGGUUAGACGAGCAGUCUCAACUGAUUUCAAUGGUCAUAACAAAUGAGUUGAUCCACUGAGUUAAACAUUCGCCUUGUCAGGAAAAGGGUGUUACGUUAAGCUGGUUAGGGUGGAUAGCUAAAGUUGAGCCAAGGCUUAGGGUUAAAUAAGGAUAAAGGUUACAAACAAGAAGUACGGUUUGUUGAGGGUUAACGUUUGAGGGACUUCUGGGCAGGAUACCAAAUAACGUUGCGUUACAUAUCAAUUACAUCGCCGUACUGAGCGUAGGAUUGAAUUUCAAAAGACGGGUCAGGAGGUGAGAAAUACAGAGAUGUAGUUUCAAUACAGGCGAUUUUCGAAGACUAAACACUGGUCAAGCAAAUAGUUUUAAAUUAACGUUAUCUUACAAGACGUUUCGCUUCGCUUUCUUCGUGUUUGACCACAGCAGAGCACAGAUAAUAUAAACAUUUCAGAGAGUAAAUAUUCCAGCUCCGAGGGGGCGAGUAAAACCAACGGCCACAUCUGAAAGAAAAGGACAAAAGGAAAACCUUGUUUAAAGAAAAUUCCUCAACACGUGUUUAAAAAGUAAUAUAUCUCUUCUACAUCAUUUUCCCUAGAUCAGUUUCAUCCCGCAAUGGUUUUAUAAUCGCCCGUACCGGUGCAUAAAGCAUAUUAAAAACAUUGUACCGAACAUUCCGGACAAUCAAUCAUAAACGGCGCUCGUCGUCGCGACGGUGCUAUAGCGCGGGAACUUUAACAUGCUUUGACGAAAAAUAGUUACUCUUCCGCGAUCCGAUCAGCAUUUAGCUUGCAAUGCCAACAAUAAAUUGAAAAUGAACGACAAUUCAGCCUGUGCAGUAGGACGGCGGCUCUUUCUGGACACAGUAAAUUUCCAGAGUCGCUCGACACAUGACCAAAAAUCAACCUUCGCUAUAAGAAACCACAGACUUUGAUUUCAACUACACUUUCACGACUUUGUAACAUAACCUUUCCUGGCAAAAAGCCUGCUACUCACCGUUGUUGCUCGCUUAUUCAAAGAUCAGCACCUCCGUCGUUGAAACUGAAACACAACAACAGAACAGUCUCACUGUAAUGGUCAAAUAUUAAACAUGUUUUUAACCUUUCUCGCAGUGCAUUCUGGGAAAUCCGUCUUCAACUCGUGCGGGACACAUUACAUCCUGGCAAUAACAACACAAUUUAUAAGUCUCCAGCGAGGCAAAAAUCACAGCCAAAAACUUCGUUGGCCCUCUUCUCUUAUGUCCAAACUAACCAAUUUGCCCCUUAUUGCCUGCUGGAGACUUCUUCACGGUGUGCAGAGCUGGGCAGAGACGUUAUACACCAUCCACCGGAUGGUCUCUCGGAUUGUGCCCGGAACUCGGUUCUUUGAGCAACGAGCGCCCAUUUAAGCCUUCCCGGACUUAACGAUGUCCCAGGCACUUUGCAAACCGUGGAAAUAGAAUUUCUUGCCAAACUCGGCUCAUAUUAGUCCCCGUUUCGCACACGCUCCGAUCAAAACCUCUCCACUCACCAAGAGAGCCGUUGAAAGGAGAAAGACACCGCGCAAACUCGAACCUUUCAAAACUAGAACCGGUUCCCCUCGGACAAAAAAAAAAAACCGGAAGUCCUUUCUAACGCGAGUGAGAAGAAAACAAGAAAUAAAAUAAAUAAUAAACUUACUUCUGUUGACUUCCACGCUGCUCCUCCCUGGUUUUCUUUAAUGAAAAAUAUCUAUGAUAAAAAAUGACAUUUCAUAAAAUUAAUUUACAUAUAUAAUAUACACCGUAAUUUUUAGGGAGUUAUUAUAACCCCAAAAAUGGAGUAAAAAUUUUAGGUACAGGAUAACCCCUUUUUUGGGGUUAUUUUAACUCUAAUUUAACUCCGAAUUUGGGGUCAUUUUACUCCUGAAAAAGAGUUCUUUUACUCCCAGUCUUGGAGUUAAAAUUACUCCGAAAUGGGGUUACUUGUACUCCUUACAGGGGUUGUUUUUACUCUUUUUGGAGUUAAUUUAACUCUGAAAGUGGAGUAAAAAUUUUAGGUACAGGAUAACUCUUUUUGGGGGGUUAUUUUAACUCCUCAAUAUCUGGGGUCACUUUUACUCCUGAAAAAGAGUUCUUUAAACUCCUUUUUGGAGUUAAAAUAACUCCACGAAAAAUAACUCCACUGUAAGGAGUUAAAUUAGCCCCACUAGAGGAGUUAUUAUAACUCCCUGAAAAUUACAGUGUAUAGUUUUCACUAAGUCUCUAAUUGCCCCCAAUACAACAAAAACAAUCCAAAUCAGUAUUUUAUUUCAUCUGAAAAAUACUGUACAGUGAAACAUGCACGUGUCACUCAUUAUUAUGUCAGGUUAGUAACACAGAGGAGAGGCACAGAUAAGAACCAGAAUUCUUCAGGCUAAGAUUUUGAAAGAACCAGAUGAAGUAGAAAUGUUAAAACAGAUCGCUAUGGAGUUCUUAAAGUCCACUAAUCAUUCUAAUGGCAAAAAAAAAAAAGUUUCUAUUGGCUUAAAUUGCAGUCAUUUAGACAUAACAACAUGCACAUUUUGUACAAACAUUUAAAACCACCAACAUUCUUCCAAAAAGUCUUUUUUUCCUUAAGAAAAUAAGAACCUCGAAUGUUUGAGAACCUAAACAGCUUAAUUUCCAAGAAACAGAAAAUUUAUAAGAGCCUUUUGAGGCUAACUUCGAAAAGCACCUAUUACUUAGUCCUUACUGUAUACUACUAAAUGUAAGAGGAGGGGGGGAGGGGAGGAAGAGUUAGGGUUAGGGUUAGGGUUAAGGUUAAGGUUGGGGUUAGGGUUGGGUUAGGGUUAGGACUAGGGAUAGGUUAGGGUUAGAAAUCAGAUUAGGUUGGGGGUUAGGGUUAGGAAUAGGUUAGGGUUAGGUUGGAGGGUUAGGGUUAGACGAGCAGUCUCAACUGAUUUCAAUGGUCAUAACAAAUGAGUUGAUCCACUGAGUUAAACAUUCGCCUUGUCAGGAAAAGGGUGUUACGUUAAGCUGGUUAGGGUGGAUAGCUAAAGUUGAGCCAAGGCUUAGGGUUAAAUAAGGAUAAAGGUUACAAACAAGAAGUACGGUUUGUUGAGGGUUAACGUUUGAGGGACUUCUGGGCAGGAUACCAAAUAACGUUGCGUUACAUAUCAAUUACAUCGCCGUACUGAGCGUAGGAUUGAAUUUCAAAAGACGGGUCAGGAGGUGAGAAAUACAGAGAUGUAGUUUCAAUACAGGCGAUUUUCGAAGACUAAACACUGGUCAAGCAAAUAGUUUUAAAUUAACGUUAUCUUACAAGACGUUUCGCUUCGCUUUCUUCGUGUUUGACCACAGCAGAGCACAGAUAAUAUAAACAUUUCAGAGAGUAAAUAUUCCAGCUCCGAGGGGCGAGUAAAACCAACGGCCACAUCUGAAAGAAAAGGACAAAAGGAAAACCUUGUUUAAAGAAAAUUCCUCAACACGUGUUUAAAAAGUAAUAUAUCUCUUCUACAUCAUUUUCCCUAGAUCAGUUUCAUCCCGCAAUGGUUUUAUAAUCGCCCGUACCGGUGCAUAAAGCAUAUUAAAAACAUUGUACCGAACAUUCCGGACAAUCAAUCAUAAACGGCGCUCGUCGUCGCGACGGUGCUAUAGCGCGGGAACUUUAACAUGCUUUGACGAAAAAUAGUUACUCUUCCGCGAUCCGAUCAGCAUUUAGCUUGCAAUGCCAACAAUAAAUUGAAAAUGAACGACAAUUCAGCCUGUGCAGUAGGACGGCGGCUCUUUCUGGACACAGUAAAUUUCCAGAGUCGCUCGACACAUGACCAAAAAUCAACCUUCGCUAUAAGAAACCACAGACUUUGAUUUCAACUACACUUUCACGACUUUGUAACAUAACCUUUCCUGGCAAAAAGCCUGCUACUCACCGUUGUUGCUCGCUUAUUCAAAGAUCAGCACCUCCGUCGUUGAAACUGAAACACAACAACAGAACAGUCUCACUGUAAUGGUCAAAUAUUAAACAUGUUUUUAACCUUUCUCGCAGUGCAUUCUGGGAAAUCCGUCUUCAACUCGUGCGGGACACAUUACAUCCUGGCAAUAACAACACAAUUUAUAAGUCUCCAGCGAGGCAAAAAUCACAGCCAAAAACUUCGUUGGCCCUCUUCUCUUAUGUCCAAACUAACCAAUUUGCCCCUUAUUGCCUGCUGGAGACUUCUUCACGGUGUGCAGAGCUGGGCAGAGACGUUAUACACCAUCCACCGGAUGGUCUCUCGGAUUGUGCCCGGAACUCGGUUCUUUGAGCAACGAGCGCCCAUUUAAGCCUUCCCGGACUUAACGAUGUCCCAGGCACUUUGCAAACCGUGGAAAUAGAAUUUCUUGCCAAACUCGGCUCAUAUUAGUCCCCGUUUCGCACACGCUCCGAUCAAAACCUCUCCACUCACCAAGAGAGCCGUUGAAAGGAGAAAGACACCGCGCAAACUCGAACCUUUCAAAACUAGAACCGGUUCCCCUCGGACAAAAAAAAAAAAACCGGAAGUCCUUUCUAACGCGAGUGAGAAGAAAACAAGAAAUAAAAUAAAUAAUAAACUUACUUCUGUUGACUUCCACGCUGCUCCUCCCUGGUUUUCUUUAAUGAAAAAUAUCUAUGAUAAAAAAUGACAUUUCAUAAAAUUAAUUUACAUAUAUAAUAUACACCGUAAUUUUUAGGGAGUUAUUAUAACCCCAAAAAUGGAGUAAAAAUUUUAGGUACAGGAUAACCCCUUUUUUUGGGGUUAUUUUAACUCCUAAUUUAACUCCGAAUUUGGGGUCAUUUUUACUCCUGAAAAGAGUUCUUUUUACUCCCAGUCUUGGAGUUAAAAUUACUCCGAAAUGGGGUUACUUGUACUCCUUACAGGGGUUGUUUUUACUCUUUUUGGAGUUAAUUUAACUCUGAAAGUGGAGUAAAAAAUUUUAGGUACAGGAUAACUCUUUUUGGGGGUUAUUUUAACUCCUCAAUAUCUGGGGUCACUUUUACUCCUGAAAAGAGUUCUUUAAACUCCUUUUUGGAGUUAAAAUAACUCCACGAAAAAUAACUCCACUGUAAGGAGUUAAAUUAGCCCCACUAGAGGAGUUAUUAUAACUCCCUGAAAAUUACAGUGUAUAGUUUUCACUAAGUCUCUAAUUGCCCCCAAUACAACAAAAACAAUCCAAAUCAGUAUUUUAUUUCAUCUGAAAAAUACUGUACAGUGAAACAUGCACGUGUCACUCAUUAUUAUGUCAGGUUAGUAACACAGAGGAGAGGCACAGAUAAGAACCAGAAUUCUUCAGGCUAAGAUUUUGAAAGAACCAGAUGAAGUAGAAAUGUUAAAACAGAUCGCUAUGGAGUUCUUAAAGUCCACUAAUCAUUCUAAUGGCAAAAAAAAAAAAGUUUCUAUUGGCUUAAAUUGCAGUCAUUUAGACAUAACAACAUGCACAUUUUGUACAAACAUUUAAAACCACCAACAUUCUUCCAAAAAGUCUUUUUUCCUUAAGAAAAUAAGAACCUCGAAUGUUUGAGAACCUAAACAGCUUAAUUUCCAAGAAACAGAAAAUUUAUAAGAGCCUUUUGAGGCUAACUUCGAAAAGCACCUAUUACUUAGUCCUUACUGUAUACUACUAAAUGUAAGAGGCGGGGGGGGGGGGAGGAAGAGUUAGGGUUAGGGUUAGGGUUAAGGUUAAGGUUGGGGUUAGGGUUGGGUUAGGGUUAGGACUAGGGAUAGGUUAGGGUUAGAAAUCAGAUUAGGUUGGGGGUUAGGGUUAGGAAUAGGUUAGGGUUAGGUUGGAGGGUUAGGGUUAGACGAGCAGUCUCAACUGAUUUCAAUGGUCAUAACAAAUGAGUUGAUCCACUGAGUUAAACAUUCGCCUUGUCAGGAAAAGGGUGUUACGUUAAGCUGGUUAGGGUGGAUAGCUAAAGUUGAGCCAAGGCUUAGGGUUAAAUAAGGAUAAAGGUUACAAACAAGAAGUACGGUUUGUUGAGGGUUAACGUUUGAGGGACUUCUGGGCAGGAUACCAAAUAACGUUGCGUUACAUAUCAAUUACAUCGCCGUACUGAGCGUAGGAUUGAAUUUCAAAAGACGGGUCAGGAGGUGAGAAAUACAGAGAUGUAGUUUCAAUACAGGCGAUUUUCGAAGACUAAACACUGGUCAAGCAAAUAGUUUUAAAUUAACGUUAUCUUACAAGACGUUUCGCUUCGCUUUCUUCGUGUUUGACCACAGCAGAGCACAGAUAAUAUAAACAUUUCAGAGAGUAAAUAUUCCAGCUCCGAGGGGGCGAGUAAAACCAACGGCCACAUCUGAAAGAAAAGGACAAAAGGAAAACCUUGUUUAAAGAAAAUUCCUCAACACGUGUUUAAAAAGUAAUAUAUCUCUUCUACAUCAUUUUCCCUAGAUCAGUUUCAUCCCGCAAUGGUUUUAUAAUCGCCCGUACCGGUGCAUAAAGCAUAUUAAAAACAUUGUACCGAACAUUCCGGACAAUCAAUCAUAAACGGCGCUCGUCGUCGCGACGGUGCUAUAGCGCGGGAACUUUAACAUGCUUUGACGAAAAAUAGUUACUCUUCCGCGAUCCGAUCAGCAUUUAGCUUGCAAUGCCAACAAUAAAUUGAAAAUGAACGACAAUUCAGCCUGUGCAGUAGGACGGCGGCUCUUUCUGGACACAGUAAAUUUCCAGAGUCGCUCGACACAUGACCAAAAAUCAACCUUCGCUAUAAGAAACCACAGACUUUGAUUUCAACUACACUUUCACGACUUUGUAACAUAACCUUUCCUGGCAAAAAGCCUGCUACUCACCGUUGUUGCUCGCUUAUUCAAAGAUCAGCACCUCCGUCGUUGAAACUGAAACACAACAACAGAACAGUCUCACUGUAAUGGUCAAAUAUUAAACAUGUUUUUAACCUUUCUCGCAGUGCAUUCUGGGAAAUCCGUCUUCAACUCGUGCGGGACACAUUACAUCCUGGCAAUAACAACACAAUUUAUAAGUCUCCAGCGAGGCAAAAAUCACAGCCAAAAACUUCGUUGGCCCUCUUCUCUUAUGUCCAAACUAACCAAUUUGCCCCUUAUUGCCUGCUGGAGACUUCUUCACGGUGUGCAGAGCUGGGCAGAGACGUUAUACACCAUCCACCGGAUGGUCUCUCGGAUUGUGCCCGGAACUCGGUUCUUUGAGCAACGAGCGCCCAUUUAAGCCUUCCCGGACUUAACGAUGUCCCAGGCACUUUGCAAACCGUGGAAAUAGAAUUUCUUGCCAAACUCGGCUCAUAUUAGUCCCCGUUUCGCACACGCUCCGAUCAAAACCUCUCCACUCACCAAGAGAGCCGUUGAAAGGAGAAAGACACCGCGCAAACUCGAACCUUUCAAAACUAGAACCGGUUCCCCUCGGACAAAAAAAAAAAAAACCGGAAGUCCUUUCUAACGCGAGUGAGAAGAAAACAAGAAAUAAAAUAAAUAAUAAACUUACUUCUGUUGACUUCCACGCUGCUCCUCCCUGGUUUUCUUUAAUGAAAAAUAUCUAUGAUAAAAAAUGACAUUUCAUAAAAUUAAUUUACAUAUAUAAUAUACACCGUAAUUUUUAGGGAGUUAUUAUAACCCCAAAAAUGGAGUAAAAAUUUUAGGUACAGGAUAACCCCUUUUUUGGGGUUAUUUUAACUCCUAAUUUAACUCCGAAUUUGGGGUCAUUUUUACUCCUGAAAAAGAGUUCUUUUUACUCCCAGUCUUGGAGUUAAAAUUACUCCGAAAUGGGGUUACUUGUACUCCUUACAGGGGUUGUUUUUACUCUUUUUGGAGUUAAUUUAACUCUGAAAGUGGAGUAAAAAUUUUAGGUACAGGAUAACUCUUUUUGGGGGGUUAUUUUAACUCCUCAAUAUCUGGGGUCACUUUUACUCCUGAAAAAGAGUUCUUUAAACUCCUUUUUGGAGUUAAAAUAACUCCACGAAAAAUAACUCCACUGUAAGGAGUUAAAUUAGCCCCACUAGAGGAGUUAUUAUAACUCCCUGAAAAUUACAGUGUAUAGUUUUCACUAAGUCUCUAAUUGCCCCCAAUACAACAAAAACAAUCCAAAUCAGUAUUUUAUUUCAUCUGAAAAAUACUGUACAGUGAAACAUGCACGUGUCACUCAUUAUUAUGUCAGGUUAGUAACACAGAGGAGAGGCACAGAUAAGAACCAGAAUUCUUCAGGCUAAGAUUUUGAAAGAACCAGAUGAAGUAGAAAUGUUAAAACAGAUCGCUAUGGAGUUCUUAAAGUCCACUAAUCAUUCUAAUGGCAAAAAAAGUUUCUAUUGGCUUAAAUUGCAGUCAUUUAGACAUAACAACAUGCACAUUUUGUACAAACAUUUAAAACCACCAACAUUCUUCCAAAAAGUCUUUUUUCCUUAAGAAAAUAAGAACCUCGAAUGUUUGAGAACCUAAACAGCUUAAUUUCCAAGAAACAGAAAAUUUAUAAGAGCCUUUUGAGGCUAACUUCGAAAAGCACCUAUUACUUAGUCCUUACUGUAUACUACUAAAUGUAAGAGGCGGGGGGGAGGGGAGGAAGAGUUAGGGUUAGGGUUAGGGUUAAGGUUAAGGUUGGGGUUAGGGUUGGGUUAGGGUUAGGACUAGGGAUAGGUUAGGGUUAGAAAUCAGAUUAGGUUGGGGGUUAGGGUUAGGAAUAGGUUAGGGUUAGGUUGGAGGGUUAGGGUUAGACGAGCAGUCUCAACUGAUUUCAAUGGUCAUAACAAAUGAGUUGAUCCACUGAGUUAAACAUUCGCCUUGUCAGGAAAAGGGUGUUACGUUAAGCUGGUUAGGGUGGAUAGCUAAAGUUGAGCCAAGGCUUAGGGUUAAAUAAGGAUAAAGGUUACAAACAAGAAGUACGGUUUGUUGAGGGUUAACGUUUGAGGGACUUCUGGGCAGGAUACCAAAUAACGUUGCGUUACAUAUCAAUUACAUCGCCGUACUGAGCGUAGGAUUGAAUUUCAAAAGACGGGUCAGGAGGUGAGAAAUACAGAGAUGUAGUUUCAAUACAGGCGAUUUUCGAAGACUAAACACUGGUCAAGCAAAUAGUUUUAAAUUAACGUUAUCUUACAAGACGUUUCGCUUCGCUUUCUUCGUGUUUGACCACAGCAGAGCACAGAUAAUAUAAACAUUUCAGAGAGUAAAUAUUCCAGCUCCGAGGGGGCGAGUAAAACCAACGGCCACAUCUGAAAGAAAAGGACAAAAGGAAAACCUUGUUUAAAGAAAAUUCCUCAACACGUGUUUAAAAAGUAAUAUAUCUCUUCUACAUCAUUUUCCCUAGAUCAGUUUCAUCCCGCAAUGGUUUUAUAAUCGCCCGUACCGGUGCAUAAAGCAUAUUAAAAACAUUGUACCGAACAUUCCGGACAAUCAAUCAUAAACGGCGCUCGUCGUCGCGACGGUGCUAUAGCGCGGGAACUUUAACAUGCUUUGACGAAAAAUAGUUACUCUUCCGCGAUCCGAUCAGCAUUUAGCUUGCAAUGCCAACAAUAAAUUGAAAAUGAACGACAAUUCAGCCUGUGCAGUAGGACGGCGGCUCUUUCUGGACACAGUAAAUUUCCAGAGUCGCUCGACACAUGACCAAAAAUCAACCUUCGCUAUAAGAAACCACAGACUUUGAUUUCAACUACACUUUCACGACUUUGUAACAUAACCUUUCCUGGCAAAAAGCCUGCUACUCACCGUUGUUGCUCGCUUAUUCAAAGAUCAGCACCUCCGUCGUUGAAACUGAAACACAACAACAGAACAGUCUCACUGUAAUGGUCAAAUAUUAAACAUGUUUUUAACCUUUCUCGCAGUGCAUUCUGGGAAAUCCGUCUUCAACUCGUGCGGGACACAUUACAUCCUGGCAAUAACAACACAAUUUAUAAGUCUCCAGCGAGGCAAAAAUCACAGCCAAAAACUUCGUUGGCCCUCUUCUCUUAUGUCCAAACUAACCAAUUUGCCCCUUAUUGCCUGCUGGAGACUUCUUCACGGUGUGCAGAGCUGGGCAGAGACGUUAUACACCAUCCACCGGAUGGUCUCUCGGAUUGUGCCCGGAACUCGGUUCUUUGAGCAACGAGCGCCCAUUUAAGCCUUCCCGGACUUAACGAUGUCCCAGGCACUUUGCAAACCGUGGAAAUAGAAUUUCUUGCCAAACUCGGCUCAUAUUAGUCCCCGUUUCGCACACGCUCCGAUCAAAACCUCUCCACUCACCAAGAGAGCCGUUGAAAGGAGAAAGACACCGCGCAAACUCGAACCUUUCAAAACUAGAACCGGUUCCCCUCGGACAAAAAAAAAAACCGGAAGUCCUUUCUAACGCGAGUGAGAAGAAAACAAGAAAUAAAAUAAAUAAUAAACUUACUUCUGUUGACUUCCACGCUGCUCCUCCCUGGUUUUCUUUAAUGAAAAAUAUCUAUGAUAAAAAAUGACAUUUCAUAAAAUUAAUUUACAUAUAUAAUAUACACCGUAAUUUUUAGGGAGUUAUUAUAACCCCAAAAAUGGAGUAAAAAUUUUAGGUACAGGAUAACCCCUUUUUUGGGGUUAUUUUAACUCCUAAUUUAACUCCGAAUUUGGGGUCAUUUUUACUCCUGAAAAAGAGUUCUUUUUACUCCCAGUCUUGGAGUUAAAAUUACUCCGAAAUGGGGUUACUUGUACUCCUUACAGGGGUUGUUUUUACUCUUUUUGGAGUUAAUUUAACUCUGAAAGUGGAGUAAAAAUUUUAGGUACAGGAUAACUCUUUUUGGGGGGUUAUUUUAACUCCUCAAUAUCUGGGGUCACUUUUACUCCUGAAAAAGAGUUCUUUAAACUCCUUUUUGGAGUUAAAAUAACUCCACGAAAAAUAACUCCACUGUAAGGAGUUAAAUUAGCCCCACUAGAGGAGUUAUUAUAACUCCCUGAAAAUUACAGUGUAUAGUUUUCACUAAGUCUCUAAUUGCCCCCAAUACAACAAAAACAAUCCAAAUCAGUAUUUUAUUUCAUCUGAAAAAUACUGUACAGUGAAACAUGCACGUGUCACUCAUUAUUAUGUCAGGUUAGUAACACAGAGGAGAGGCACAGAUAAGAACCAGAAUUCUUCAGGCUAAGAUUUUGAAAGAACCAGAUGAAGUAGAAAUGUUAAAACAGAUCGCUAUGGAGUUCUUAAAGUCCACUAAUCAUUCUAAUGGCAAAAAAAAAAAGUUUCUAUUGGCUUAAAUUGCAGUCAUUUAGACAUAACAACAUGCACAUUUUGUACAAACAUUUAAAACCACCAACAUUCUUCCAAAAAGUUUUUUUUUCCUUAAGAAAAUAAGAACCUCGAAUGUUUGAGAACCUAAACAGCUUAAUUUCCAAGAAACAGAAAAUUUAUAAGAGCCUUUUGAGGCUAACUUCGAAAAGCACCUAUUACUUAGUCCUUACUGUAUACUACUAAAUGUAAGAGGCGGGGGGAGGGGGAGGAAGAGUUAGGGUUAGGGUUAGGGUUAAGGUUAAGGUUGGGGUUAGGGUUGGGUUAGGGUUAGGACUAGGGAUAGGUUAGGGUUAGAAAUCAGAUUAGGUUGGGGGUUAGGGUUAGGAAUAGGUUAGGGUUAGGUUGGAGGGUUAGGGUUAGACGAGCAGUCUCAACUGAUUUCAAUGGUCAUAACAAAUGAGUUGAUCCACUGAGUUAAACAUUCGCCUUGUCAGGAAAAGGGUGUUACGUUAAGCUGGUUAGGGUGGAUAGCUAAAGUUGAGCCAAGGCUUAGGGUUAAAUAAGGAUAAAGGUUACAAACAAGAAGUACGGUUUGUUGAGGGUUAACGUUUGAGGGACUUCUGGGCAGGAUACCAAAUAACGUUGCGUUACAUAUCAAUUACAUCGCCGUACUGAGCGUAGGAUUGAAUUUCAAAAGACGGGUCAGGAGGUGAGAAAUACAGAGAUGUAGUUUCAAUACAGGCGAUUUUCGAAGACUAAACACUGGUCAAGCAAAUAGUUUUAAAUUAACGUUAUCUUACAAGACGUUUCGCUUCGCUUUCUUCGUGUUUGACCACAGCAGAGCACAGAUAAUAUAAACAUUUCAGAGAGUAAAUAUUCCAGCUCCGAGGGGGCGAGUAAAACCAACGGCCACAUCUGAAAGAAAAGGACAAAAGGAAAACCUUGUUUAAAGAAAAUUCCUCAACACGUGUUUAAAAAGUAAUAUAUCUCUUCUACAUCAUUUUCCCUAGAUCAGUUUCAUCCCGCAAUGGUUUUAUAAUCGCCCGUACCGGUGCAUAAAGCAUAUUAAAAACAUUGUACCGAACAUUCCGGACAAUCAAUCAUAAACGGCGCUCGUCGUCGCGACGGUGCUAUAGCGCGGGAACUUUAACAUGCUUUGACGAAAAAUAGUUACUCUUCCGCGAUCCGAUCAGCAUUUAGCUUGCAAUGCCAACAAUAAAUUGAAAAUGAACGACAAUUCAGCCUGUGCAGUAGGACGGCGGCUCUUUCUGGACACAGUAAAUUUCCAGAGUCGCUCGACACAUGACCAAAAAUCAACCUUCGCUAUAAGAAACCACAGACUUUGAUUUCAACUACACUUUCACGACUUUGUAACAUAACCUUUCCUGGCAAAAAGCCUGCUACUCACCGUUGUUGCUCGCUUAUUCAAAGAUCAGCACCUCCGUCGUUGAAACUGAAACACAACAACAGAACAGUCUCACUGUAAUGGUCAAAUAUUAAACAUGUUUUUAACCUUUCUCGCAGUGCAUUCUGGGAAAUCCGUCUUCAACUCGUGCGGGACACAUUACAUCCUGGCAAUAACAACACAAUUUAUAAGUCUCCAGCGAGGCAAAAAUCACAGCCAAAAACUUCGUUGGCCCUCUUCUCUUAUGUCCAAACUAACCAAUUUGCCCCUUAUUGCCUGCUGGAGACUUCUUCACGGUGUGCAGAGCUGGGCAGAGACGUUAUACACCAUCCACCGGAUGGUCUCUCGGAUUGUGCCCGGAACUCGGUUCUUUGAGCAACGAGCGCCCAUUUAAGCCUUCCCGGACUUAACGAUGUCCCAGGCACUUUGCAAACCGUGGAAAUAGAAUUUCUUGCCAAACUCGGCUCAUAUUAGUCCCCGUUUCGCACACGCUCCGAUCAAAACCUCUCCACUCACCAAGAGAGCCGUUGAAAGGAGAAAGACACCGCGCAAACUCGAACCUUUCAAAACUAGAACCGGUUCCCCUCGGACAAAAAAAAAAAAAAAAAGUCCUUUCUAACGCGAGUGAGAAGAAAACAAGAAAUAAAAUAAAUAAUAAACUUACUUCUGUUGACUUCCACGCUGCUCCUCCCUGGUUUUCUUUAAUGAAAAAUAUCUAUGAUAAAAAAUGACAUUUCAUAAAAUUAAUUUACAUAUAUAAUAUACACCGUAAUUUUUAGGGAGUUAUUAUAACCCCAAAAAUGGAGUAAAAAUUUUAGGUACAGGAUAACCCCUUUUUUGGGGUUAUUUUAACUCCUAAUUUAACUCCGAAUUUGGGGUCAUUUUUACUCCUGAAAAAGAGUUCUUUUUACUCCCAGUCUUGGAGUUAAAAUUACUCCGAAAUGGGGUUACUUGUACUCCUUACAGGGGUUGUUUUUACUCUUUUUGGAGUUAAUUUAACUCUGAAAGUGGAGUAAAAAUUUUAGGUACAGGAUAACUCUUUUUUUUGGGGGGUUAUUUUAACUCCUCAAUAUCUGGGGUCACUUUUACUCCUGAAAAAGAGUUCUUUAAACUCCUUUUUGGAGUUAAAAUAACUCCACGAAAAAUAACUCCACUGUAAGGAGUUAAAUUAGCCCCACUAGAGGAGUUAUUAUAACUCCCUGAAAAUUACAGUGUAUAGUUUUCACUAAGUCUCUAAUUGCCCCCAAUACAACAAAAACAAUCCAAAUCAGUAUUUUAUUUCAUCUGAAAAAUACUGUACAGUGAAACAUGCACGUGUCACUCAUUAUUAUGUCAGGUUAGUAACACAGAGGAGAGGCACAGAUAAGAACCAGAAUUCUUCAGGCUAAGAUUUUGAAAGAACCAGAUGAAGUAGAAAUGUUAAAACAGAUCGCUAUGGAGUUCUUAAAGUCCACUAAUCAUUCUAAUGGCAAAAAAAGUUUCUAUUGGCUUAAAUUGCAGUCAUUUAGACAUAACAACAUGCACAUUUUGUACAAACAUUUAAAACCACCAACAUUCUUCCAAAAAGUCUUUUUUUCCUUAAGAAAAUAAGAACCUCGAAUGUUUGAGAACCUAUAAACAGCUUAAUUUCCAAGAAACAGAAAAUUUAUAAGAGCCUUUUGAGGCUAACUUCGAAAAGCACCUAUUACUUAGUCCUUACUGUAUACUACUAAAUGUAAGAGGGGGGGGGGGGGGAGGAAGAGUUAGGGUUAGGGUUAGGGGUUAAGGUUAAGGUUGGGGUUAGGGUUGGGUUAGGGUUAGGACUAGGGAUAGGUUAGGGUUAGAAAUCAGAUUAGGUUGGGGGUUAGGGUUAGGAAUAGGUUAGGGUUAGGUUGGAGGGUUAGGGUUAGACGAGCAGUCUCAACUGAUUUCAAUGGUCAUAACAAAUGAGUUGAUCCACUGAGUUAAACAUUCGCCUUGUCAGGAAAAGGGUGUUACGUUAAGCUGGUUAGGGUGGAUAGCUAAAGUUGAGCCAAGGCUUAGGGUUAAAUAAGGAUAAAGGUUACAAACAAGAAGUACGGUUUGUUGAGGGUUAACGUUUGAGGGACUUCUGGGCAGGAUACCAAAUAACGUUGCGUUACAUAUCAAUUACAUCGCCGUACUGAGCGUAGGAUUGAAUUUCAAAAGACGGGUCAGGAGGUGAGAAAUACAGAGAUGUAGUUUCAAUACAGGCGAUUUUCGAAGACUAAACACUGGUCAAGCAAAUAGUUUUAAAUUAACGUUAUCUUACAAGACGUUUCGCUUCGCUUUCUUCGUGUUUGACCACAGCAGAGCACAGAUAAUAUAAACAUUUCAGAGAGUAAAUAUUCCAGCUCCGAGGGGGCGAGUAAAACCAACGGCCACAUCUGAAAGAAAAGGACAAAAGGAAAACCUUGUUUAAAGAAAAUUCCUCAACACGUGUUUAAAAAGUAAUAUAUCUCUUCUACAUCAUUUUCCCUAGAUCAGUUUCAUCCCGCAAUGGUUUUAUAAUCGCCCGUACCGGUGCAUAAAGCAUAUUAAAAACAUUGUACCGAACAUUCCGGACAAUCAAUCAUAAACGGCGCUCGUCGUCGCGACGGUGCUAUAGCGCGGGAACUUUAACAUGCUUUGACGAAAAAUAGUUACUCUUCCGCGAUCCGAUCAGCAUUUAGCUUGCAAUGCCAACAAUAAAUUGAAAAUGAACGACAAUUCAGCCUGUGCAGUAGGACGGCGGCUCUUUCUGGACACAGUAAAUUUCCAGAGUCGCUCGACACAUGACCAAAAAUCAACCUUCGCUAUAAGAAACCACAGACUUUGAUUUCAACUACACUUUCACGACUUUGUAACAUAACCUUUCCUGGCAAAAAGCCUGCUACUCACCGUUGUUGCUCGCUUAUUCAAAGAUCAGCACCUCCGUCGUUGAAACUGAAACACAACAACAGAACAGUCUCACUGUAAUGGUCAAAUAUUAAACAUGUUUUUAACCUUUCUCGCAGUGCAUUCUGGGAAAUCCGUCUUCAACUCGUGCGGGACACAUUACAUCCUGGCAAUAACAACACAAUUUAUAAGUCUCCAGCGAGGCAAAAAUCACAGCCAAAAACUUCGUUGGCCCUCUUCUCUUAUGUCCAAACUAACCAAUUUGCCCCUUAUUGCCUGCUGGAGACUUCUUCACGGUGUGCAGAGCUGGGCAGAGACGUUAUACACCAUCCACCGGAUGGUCUCUCGGAUUGUGCCCGGAACUCGGUUCUUUGAGCAACGAGCGCCCAUUUAAGCCUUCCCGGACUUAACGAUGUCCCAGGCACUUUGCAAACCGUGGAAAUAGAAUUUCUUGCCAAACUCGGCUCAUAUUAGUCCCCGUUUCGCACACGCUCCGAUCAAAACCUCUCCACUCACCAAGAGAGCCGUUGAAAGGAGAAAGACACCGCGCAAACUCGAACCUUUCAAAACUAGAACCGGUUCCCCUCGGACAAAAAAAAAAAAACCGGAAGUCCUUUCUAACGCGAGUGAGAAGAAAACAAGAAAUAAAAUAAAUAAUAAACUUACUUCUGUUGACUUCCACGCUGCUCCUCCCUGGUUUUCUUUAAUGAAAAAUAUCUAUGAUAAAAAAUGACAUUUCAUAAAAUUAAUUUACAUAUAUAAUAUACACCGUAAUUUUUAGGGAGUUAUUAUAACCCCAAAAAUGGAGUAAAAAUUUUAGGUACAGGAUAACCCCUUUUUUGGGGUUAUUUUAACUCCUAAUUUAACUCCGAAUUUGGGGUCAUUUUUACUCCUGAAAAGAGUUCUUUUACUCCCAGUCUUGGAGUUAAAAUUACUCCGAAAUGGGGUUACUUGUACUCCUUACAGGGGUUGUUUUUACUCUUUUUGGAGUUAAUUUAACUCUGAAAGUGGAGUAAAAAUUUUAGGUACAGGAUAACUCUUUUUGGGGGGAUUAUUUUAACUCCUCAAUAUCUGGGGUCACUUUUACUCCUGAAAAGAGUUCUUUAAACUCCUUUUGGAGUUAAAAUAACUCCACGAAAAAUAACUCCACUGUAAGGAGUUAAAUUAGCCCCACUAGAGGAGUUAUUAUAACUCCCUGAAAAUUACAGUGUAUAGUUUUCACUAAGUCUCUAAUUGCCCCCAAUACAACAAAAACAAUCCAAAUCAGUAUUUUAUUUCAUCUGAAAAAUACUGUACAGUGAAACAUGCACGUGUCACUCAUUAUUAUGUCAGGUUAGUAACACAGAGGAGAGGCACAGAUAAGAACCAGAAUUCUUCAGGCUAAGAUUUUGAAAGAACCAGAUGAAGUAGAAAUGUUAAAACAGAUCGCUAUGGAGUUCUUAAAGUCCACUAAUCAUUCUAAUGGCAAAAAAAAGUUUCUAUUGGCUUAAAUUGCAGUCAUUUAGACAUAACAACAUGCACAUUUUGUACAAACAUUUAAAACCACCAACAUUCUUCCAAAAAGUCUUUUUUCCUUAAGAAAAUAAGAACCUCGAAUGUUUGAGAACCUAAACAGCUUAAUUUCCAAGAAACAGAAAAUUUAUAAGAGCCUUUUGAGGCUAACUUCGAAAAGCACCUAUUACUUAGUCCUUACUGUAUACUACUAAAUGUAAGAGGCGGGGGGGGGGGGAGGGGGAGGAAGAGUUAGGGUUAGGGUUAGGGUUAAGGUUAAGGUUGGGGUUAGGGUUGGGUUAGGGUUAGGACUAGGGAUAGGUUAGGGUUAGAAAUCAGAUUAGGUUGGGGGUUAGGGUUAGGAAUAGGUUAGGGUUAGGUUGGGGGGUUAGGGUUAGACGAGCAGUCUCAACUGAUUUCAAUGGUCAUAACAAAUGAGUUGAUCCACUGAGUUAAACAUUCGCCUUGUCAGGAAAAGGGUGUUACGUUAAGCUGGUUAGGGUGGAUAGCUAAAGUUGAGCCAAGGCUUAGGGUUAAAUAAGGAUAAAGGUUACAAACAAGAAGUACGGUUUGUUGAGGGUUAACGUUUGAGGGACUUCUAGGCAGGAUACCAAAUCACGUUGCGUUACAUAUCAAUUACAUCGCCGUACUGAGCGUAGGAUUGAAUUUCAAAAGACGGGUCAGGAGGUGAGAAAUACAGACUAAACCAAGACUAAACACUGGUCAAGCCAAUAGUUUUAAAUUAACGUUAUCUUACAAGACGUUUCGCUUCGCUUUCUUCGUGUUUGACCACAGCAGAGCACAGAUAAUAUAAACAUUUCAGAGAGUAAAUAUUCCAGCUCCGAGGGGCGCGAGUAAAACCAACGGCCACAUCUGAAAGAAAGGGACAAAAGGAAAACCUUGUUUAAAGAAAAUUCCUCAACACGUGUUUAAAAAGUAAUAUAUCUCUUCUACAUCAUUUUCCCUAGAUCAGUUUCAUCCCGCAAUGGUUUUAUAAAUCGCCCGUACCGGUGCAUAAAGCAGAUUAAAAACAUUGUACCGAACAUUCCGGACAAUCAAUCAUAAACGGCGCUCGUCGUCGCGACGGUGCUAUAGCGCGGGAACUUUAACAUGCUUUGAGGAAAAAUAGUUACUCUUCCGCGAUCCGAUCAGCAUUUAGCUUGCAAUGCCAACAAUAAAUUGAAAAUGAACGACAAUUCAGCCUGUGCAGUAGGACGGCGGCUCUUUCUGGACACAGUAAAUUUCCAGAGUCGCUCGACACAUGACCAAAAAUCAACCUUCGCUAUAAGAAACCACAGACUUUGAUUUCAACUACACUUUCACGACUUUGUAACAUAACCUUUCCUGGCAAAAAGCCUGCUACUCACCGUUGUUGCUCGCUUAUUCAAAGAUCAGCACCUCCGUCGUUGAAACUGAAACACAACAACAGAACAGUCUCACUGUAAUGGUCAAAUAUUAAACAUGUUUUUAACCUUUCUCGCAGUGCAUUCUGGGAAAUCCGUCUUCAACUCGUGCGGGACACAUUACAUCCUGGCAAUAACAACACAAUUUAUAAGUCUCCAGCGAGGCAAAAAUCACAGCCAAAAACUUCGUUGGCCCUCUUCUCUUAUGUCCAAACUAACCAAUUUGCCCCUUAUUGCCUGCUGGAGACUUCUUCACGGUGUGCAGAGCUGGGCAGAGACGUUAUACACCAUCCACCGGAUGGUCUCUCGGAUUGUGCCCGGAACUCGGUUCUUUGAGCAACGAGCGCCCAUUUAAGCCUUCCCGGACUUAACGAUGUCCCAGGCACUUUGCAAACCGUGGAAAUAGAAUUUCUUGCCAAACUCGGCUCAUAUUAGUCCCCGUUUCGCACACGCUCCGAUCAAAACCUCUCCACUCACCAAGAGAGCCGUUGAAAGGAGAAAGACACCGCGCAAACUCGAACCUUUCAAAACUAGAACCGGUUCCCCUCGGACAAAAAAAAAACCGGAAGUCCUUUCUAACGCGAGUGAGAAGAAAACAAGAAAUAAAAUAAAUAAUAAACUUACUUCUGUUGACUUCCACGCUGCUCCUCCCUGGUUUUCUUUAAUGAAAAAUAUCUAUGAUAAAAAAUGACAUUUCAUAAAAUUAAUUUACAUAUAUAAUAUACACCGUAAUUUUUAGGGAGUUAUUAUAACCCCAAAAAUGGAGUAAAAAUUUUAGGUACAGGAUAACCCCUUUUUUGGGGUUAUUUUAACUCCUAAUUUAACUCCGAAUUUGGGGUCAUUUUUACUCCUGAAAAAGAGUUCUUUUUACUCCCAGUCUUGGAGUUAAAAUUACUCCGAAAUGGGGUUACUUGUACUCCUUACAGGGGUUGUUUUUACUCUUUUUGGAGUUAAUUUAACUCUGAAAGUGGAGUAAAAAUUUUAGGUACAGGAUAACUCUUUUUGGGGGGUUAUUUUAACUCCUCAAUAUCUGGGGUCACUUUUACUCCUGAAAAAGAGUUCUUUAAACUCCUUUUUGGAGUUAAAAUAACUCCACGAAAAAUAACUCCACUGUAAGGAGUUAAAUUAGCCCCACUAGAGGAGUUAUUAUAACUCCCUGAAAAUUACAGUGUGUUUGGCCGUGAAAAGAACAUUCACAAAACAUACGGGCGAUGUAGAAAUCAAACGUAUCCUGGACGAUAUAAAAGCGAAGAAAAACAACAAAGCCAAAGCUGUAUUACUAUUUACCACUACAGAAGAUACGGAAAUACUAUUGAGCCAUUUCGAUACGUCUCAAAUGAAGGACUAUGUUUUCAUAUCGACUGAUUAUUUCACAGGGUCAGUGAACAGGUUUCAAAGCUCUCGGGAAAUGCUAAAGAGAGUUAUUGGAGUCACACCGCACCAUAGACGCGUAGAUAGCUUUCUGAAAUAUUUGCAAAGCGUCAACGAAAGCUUCGUUAGCUGUCCGUGGAAAGAGGAAUACAACAAACAACGUUUGAAAGAUCCUUUAGAACACUCGAUCUAUGCACCUUACGUUGUUGAUGCGGUGUACGCUGCGGCUUAUGGUCUUCAUAGUCUUUUGAAUUGCACUCCAGGGCAAGGUUGUCAACAUUCACCGGAUGAGUUUCCAAUUUUGAACAGGUGGGAGAAAAAAAAUAACUGAAACAUAGGUCUUAGAAUAAAUUUCACGGGGAAUAUUUGACGUCUAACGAAGGGAAAAAGAAACUUUCGCAUGAGACUUUUUCAAAAGCGCAAAUAUGAAAGCGUUCGAAUAAUUCACGUUUUUUGGGGUCAAAUUAGAUUCUCAGUUAAAAAAACAAAACAAAACAAAAACAAAAAUAUUCUUGAAAGCAUGACCUCAUUAAUUUUGGCCAGAAAAGCGCAACUUAAUUAGUAAGUUACUAAUCUCCCCCCCCCUUUGUAGGUCGGUUAUGAAAACAUAGAUUCUCAUAAAAUUGAACGAAGCAGACGAAGGGCCGUAUUAGCUCAUUCCUUGUCAAAAAAAGGUUUUUUUACGGAAAAUGCCGUCAAGAACCGAGUUAGUUCUUCAUACGAUUCAGUUCUGUAUCGAAUUGUUCAUGUCCGCUAUCGACAAGGUGCUCCCGAGAGAAAUAUUUAGUUUUUGAGAAGUUCAACUUCGGCAAAGAAUCGAUGUUUGCAAAUCAGACAUCUGUUCGAGACAUUUUAUUCAAGGCGUCGAUAUUCGGCAGGAAAAAUCAAGGUUGUCAAUCCUACCAAUCGCAAACGUCAAGAAUCGACUCUUCAUCAUUUUCUCCAAAAAGGGAAGUGUCUCCUUGAAAUUCAGUUUUACAAAAGACAAUGCCUGUUUUAAUGACACGGUACAUGUUGUAAAUUAAAAUGACCCCCUUUGUACAUUUCUUUUUUAGCGAUCUUAACAUUUUUUUUGCGCACAAUCUAACCGUGAAUGAAUACAUAUUAACGCUAUUUUUCGAUUUUGUAUGGGAAGUUUCUGAAAAGCAGGCUGCUCUGUUUCUACAAGGCAGAUGGAUUGAGCACUGCAUGUUUUUUAUUGUUUCAUAAAUUAUAUAUAUUCAAACCCGUCCUUUUUUUAUUAAAACGCCAAGUAAAUUAAUUUAACAAGUUGUCGCACUUAUUAAAAUAUAUAAACUUUACCAAAAGCAAUUGCUAUGACUUCCUUUGUCGGCAAAAGAGACAAAUUUUAAGUUAAAAGCUACAUGACAAAAACUUCAGCGUUUUUUGGGCUUAAAUUUGUUUCAACACCUUUCCCGUAAGUGCCAGCGAAACACUAAAUUCAGUGGCAUCAACAGAGUUCAGAGUACUUAUAUAGCAAUUGUUCAGAUCCCGAUUCGAACAUCGAAGGUCGAAGGAUGUCAGUGGGCAGUCCCACGGCAGAAGAAUACUUAUUUCAAAAUGUGGGCAGUGCUUUCUUCAUAUUGUCCCAUUUUAUUGUCUCAUAAAUGGCACGAGGGUAUAUCGUUAGAAUUUUAUUUUUGCCGGUUUGACCUGUUUUUACGAGUCAAUGUACGCUAUUUUUUCUGACAGAGUAUUUCAGUCCCACUUAAUACCGUCAUUGUAAAAACCCUCCGGAACCGCGAGUUAUUCAGUGUUCGUAAUUAACGAGUCUGUGAUAAUAGAGGGUUGCGGGAAAUUUCUCUGAAGAUAUUUGCUUUGUUCAGAUAAUAUGUCUUUUUAGUGAAAUUGACUGUAGCACCUUCUCUAGCGCAGGAAGCAUUUUGACAGGCUUGAAAACUUAUUUAUGCACUCAUGUGACCGACUUAAGGACGGGCUAUCCAAGUUGAUGCGUCGUGUGGCUUUUAGUUUAUUUAGUCCUAUUUAGGGCCAUGUGCGUGCAUGAUAAAACAUAAGGGCCGUUUGUACAAGAGAAAAUAAGCCACGGCUUACUCUGUCCGCGGUUAACAUAAAACGCGAAAGGAACCAUUUAUACGAGCACGGCUCAGUUACAUAAGACGCGAACUGCUCGUAUAAAUGGUUCACGGCUUACUUCGCGACCAGGUCGGUACAAUGAUGACGUAGUUUGCUUUGAUGCCUCGUUUUGGGGUAACUGCGUUUGCAUCUCCUUGUUUCCACAAUGGCUUUAGCGAUCAAAAAAGCUAAACGACUGGCUUUGGCCACCAAAAAACGCUGUACUUACGUUUCUCAUUGCCCUUUUCAUUUUAAACUGUCUCUUAGGUCAAGAUUGGUGUUGGGUUCUCAGAUAAUUAAUUAUUUGUCAAAGAAAAUUCGCAGUUCGCUGCAUUAGCAGAAUUAGCUUUUCUUCAGCGGCACCCGAUACGUUUCUUUUUUUAGAUGAAUCUCUAUCCGUCGUCGUCGCCGUUUUCCACUUUUUAAAUGGAGUAAACGUAAACAAAACUCAUUUUCCCGCCACUGCAGCGGUCGUCUCUCAGCCAUGAAGGUCUGGGUUAAUACAGAGCAUGCGCAGCAAUCGUUCACGGCUUCAGCAAGCCGCGGACAACAUUUGAGUGCAUUUAUACGAACAAUUUUACGUCCAAGGUAAGCCGCGGCUUGGAUUAACCCGGAUUGAAUAAGCCGUGAACGUAUAGCCAAAAUCGAAACCAGUAGCUAGUCAAUUAUCUCUCAAAUAAUUCCAGCCAAAACAUGGCAAACUGCGGUCUCUCACUACACCAAGGCAACAUGGAAAGCCGAAAAAUCUAGCGCAAAAACUUGUCAUUCAGAUGGGCAUCCUUGCUCCCUGCUGAAUCAACUAAUUCUCAACUCAACUCAUUUAUUUUUGUUCUUCAUGGUAUGUCCACUAUGUCUGUAUAUAAACCACACUCAACCUACAAUUCCCUGAUUCACUUAGACUUGACACAAGUCGACUGAGUGAGCGCCGGGCGCGAUGGACGCUCGCGAAGCGAAAGAAUGCGAGCGAUGCAAGUAACCACCUAACCAGCAAAUACUUGAAAGCGCGCUUUGAGAUAGUCUAUGUUUCACUUUGAUGAAGGGCUCGCGCUCGAAAAGUUAGCGUUUUAAUAAUCCUACACUUAUAAAUCUACCUUAUUAGACUUAUUAACUCAGAAGAUAAAAACCAAUUAUUGGCUAAAUCCGAGGGUGUGGAAGAAAAAACGGAUCCUCUGUUCUGAUUGGCUACCCGAGCGAGCAAGAUGGGCCCAUCUUACCCGAUCGGGGUUUUACGCGGUGUUCCCGCAAGAAAACGUUCUCCUUUUUGGCUAUAUAAUAAAAAUAAAAUAGUUUAUUUAAACAUUUAUAUAAGUCCUGUCAGUUCACAUGGUAAAAAGCGGUGAAACUGCUUUGUGUGUCCCUUGUAAUAACGUUUCCUUUUUUGUCUUUUAAGAGACGAUGGUUUGCUCAAAAGUAUUCAAGCUGUGCGCUUCAAGGGGGCAUCACGUGACCAAGUUUCUUUUGAUUCCAACGGGAAUGGAUUGGGUGCUUAUGACAUCACAGUGGUGAAUAUAGAGACUGAAGAAUGGGAAGCAAUCGGAACCUGGAUAUCAAAUACGUCAAAUGUGCUUGACCUUCCUGCGAACGCUUCAUUUCUUAAUUUAAAUCUAACGAAGUUGAGAAUGCUUUGGACGAAGGUCUUCAACAGCUCCACUGAGCCAACGUCAUUUUGUGGACAGCAGUGUCCCCCUGGAUAUUGGAUGAGUUCAGAAGAGCGUUACAAGGUAUUUUUUUUAAUUACAGUUGUAUCAAAUCAAAUCAUCGCUUUCAUACUAUGGACACUGAAAGAAAUUUGCCUUUUCUUAAGCACUACGCCCUCGAAGUAAGGCUGCUUGAUCUGCCCGAGGCGGGGGCGGGGAGCGGGACGGGGGGUGGGGGCUGUUUAAGACAAUAAUCAUUCAUUUUGCUACCCUGUUAAAGACAAGAGACCUUAUUUAUGUUCCAGAUGCAUUUUGCCUCGCAUUUGAACACAAAUUGUUGGUACCACACAUUGAGACCAUUCAUCGUCAAACCUUCACACUUCUUUUAGUCUUCGGUUUCGAAAUAACACCCCGUUCUGGACGCUAAACAGUGAAAUUGUAUACCCUGCUUAAGAUUCAAGACCCUGAAAACCAUACCCUUUUCAGCGGCACACACCCGUUUAGGCCGAGUAACUAGGUGCCUAAUCUCGUAGCCAGAUCUCCCACAACCAGCAAAAGAAAAGUGGGAUUUAAGUACGAGAUUUGGAAGUACCCACCGCGUCGGGGGGGGGGGGUGUUUGGGAGACGUGGGAUUGUGGUGUUUCGACCAUCCGAAAUAUCUUUCUUUGUUCAGUGACUUUUUACCCAUACAUUUCAUAUCUCAAUCAGAAUAUCUGAGUCACAUUUAGUGAAAAUAAAAUAGAGCCGCCCAAAAGGUGGUACUGAGAAAUUUCUCUGUAACAUGUUUAGCCCUUUUAUCAAUUUAUGGGUUUCUCCUUUUUUCACCUUAUUCUUGCAGAGGUGUUGCUGGAAAUGCGUCCCUUGUUCCACGAACGAGAUAUCUCAUAAUCCUGUCAACGGGUCCUGUAGGCGCUGUCCAUCCCGCUACUGGACAAACGAAAAUCACACUGCUUGCUUACCCAUAAUUCCCACUGCUGUAAAGCUAAGUGACCCAGCCGGCAUUGCUGUUGGCGUGGUUGCUGUGUUAGGUGUGGUAGGUGUCGUUGCUAUCGGCAUUGUCUUCUUGCGCCAUGGAAAUACACAUAUUGUUCGAGCAUCAAGUAGACAGUUAAGCUUUGUUAUGUUGUUUGGAAUUUUAAUUGGGUACUUGACAGCCAUUUUGAUAUUACUGGAGAGAACAGAGAGGCUUUGUGAAGGAGUGCUCUUUAUGUUCAGCAUCGGUUUCUGUAUUGUGGUAGGGACGCUGUUUAUCAAGACAAAUCGGAUCUACCGGAUAUUUAGUAAACGAGCCAUGAGGAAAGGUAAGCUGUAAAGCGUGGGUUACGUCUGUUAGUCCUGUUACAGUAAAGAGUCUAAAGACCGCGUCACUUCUGCAAACUGAAAAGUGCUUUGACGUCUUUUUGACAAUACUGAAGGACUCUUUAACAUAGAGAUCCAAUUUAUAGAAAUUUAAUUAUUCCCAAGGCCUUUCGACGGCGAUCCAUGUUUUUGAGAGAUUUUUAAAUUUCUACUUCUUUGAAUUUUCACGAAUUCUUCUUCACUAUUUGUUUUAUAGUACGUGUAAAAAAAAUGGCAGUGGGUAUAAAAAAGGAGACAUAAAGGGACGUCAAAUUCAAUUGUAAUGAUUUUGCUCUAACAUGCUUUCUAAAACCAGAUAUCUGAGGUUCAAGGCUCCUAUAAAUAAGAGCUGCACCGACUUUUAUGAUUAAUGUUUUUUACUUCAAAGGUUUUCUCGAUAAAACUUUGCAGUCUCGUUCUGCCGUGAUAUUUAUCUAAAUGCGAACUCGUAGUUGAUAUGGGUUAUUGACUAAGCGUGAAGUCAAGAUAGCUAAAUAUUCGGGCCAAAUUCUUCGUCUCGGUCCAUAAAAACGCAAAAAAGAACAAGGCCAAUAUUCACCAACGUUGACUGAAUAAGCUUGGUCAAUAAGGGAUUUAUUAUAAGGCCAAAAGAGAACGUGAAUCGUUCGGGAACAACACGGGAAAUCCCGAGCUUGCCCGCACAGGUGACCUAUCAGAACACAGGAAUCCCUUCAUCUUAUAACAAAAAUCUAUCCUUUUAUAAUUUCAGGCACUCCUCAAUGUUUAAGUGACAAGUGGAUGCUUGUUUUCCUUUCCUGUUUUGUCGCCAUAGAAACAAUCAUCUGUGUUGUCAUUGUUCUCACUACUCCGGAUGUUGGACUUAAAGAGGUUGUAUACUCCGACAUGAAAAACGAAGCCUACAUACAAUGCAAACUGGUGUCCUACACCAAUUACAACAUGGCCUUGUGGUGGGGUUACAACACUGGACUGGUUGUAAUAUGCACCUACCAGGCUUUCCUAACAAGGAAGGUGCCUGGUAAUUACAACGAAGCACGUUUUAUUGCAUUCAACAUGAUGACCAUAUCAAUGGACGUGAUAAUGUUCUUUCUUUCCUAUUAUGGCACGAAGACCUACUACAAAGACAUCCUGGUCAGCUCAUUCUUGAUCGUCGCUGAUACAGUCACUAUAACUUGUAUGUUCUUGCCCAAAGUUUACGUCAUUGUGUUUCGACCACAGAAAAAUGUAGAACAUAGAACUAUCAUUAGCCUGGGAACGCUGGAGAACGAAGAAGAACAUGAAGAAAAUAACAGGAAAAUUAGCACAAGAUCAAACCUAUCAGUCAUGAGUUCUCUCUCAACCAUCAGCAAUGGUCCAACGGAAACAGAAGAAAACUCUGCAAGUAAUGAAACCCGCAAGGAAAGCAGAACGUCCAAAAUAUCCGUCUCUUCGAAUGGUAGCGCUAAAGGAGAUUGGGAACCAGAAGGAGAGGACUGGAAUAUGCCACCGGCUAUUAUAUCACGUGACUCUAACUUGAGCAUGCGCACUGUUCGCUUCCAAGACGAAAUACAUGAUGAUUUUGUUGCCGACUGUCCCAAUACUACCGAUGAUUUGAUUGCGGGAAAGACUGAAUGUUGCCAAAGGGUUUCGGCAAUCUGA